UGCGAUUUGGCAAAGGAAAGAAAAGGAAAAAAAAAAAAAAAAAAAAGAAAAUCUUAAAACUGGUAUUUGAUGGGUUUGGCUCAAUGAUGAGUCCGUCACCAGAGAGAUUGCAAUGGCGCUAGUUCAGCCACACACUCCAGCUUCUUCAAUUUCAUCUUCAUCCGCUUCAUUGUUCGGAACUUAUCUUCAACAAUUCCGUCCGCUCACCACAACCCUUAAUCUUCGAAGCAACCACUCUAUCUCUCAUCGUUCCACCUGCAGAGCUUCCUGGCAGGAGCUUGCAGGUGUUCUAAUAUUCUCUGCAAUUCCUUUCACGGCGGUUAAAGCCAUUGCUAAUAGCCCACUUGGAGGGUCGCUCCAGAGACAAUUGGAAAAGAAGAAAAAUUCUGCCGUAGCCAACUCUUCCAAGUUCAAGGCUCUUGCUGAGGAGGCUAGAAAAGAUAGCUCGUGGUAUGGAGAAGAGCGUCCUCGGUGGCUUGGUCCACUACCAUAUGAUUAUCCAAAAUAUCUGACAGGUGAACUGCCUGGUGAUUAUGGAUUUGAUAUUGCAGGUUUGAGUGAGGAUCCUGUGGCUUUCCAGAAAUUCUUCAACUUUGAAAUAUUGCAUGCUCGUUGGGCUAUGUUAGCAUCCCUAGGUGCUUUAGUUCCAGAGAUCUUGGAUAUUUUUGGAGCUUUUCAUUUCACUGAACCCAUCUGGUGGCGAGUGGGCUAUUCAAAACUUAAGGGAGAUACACUCGACUAUCUUGGAAUACCAGGGCUUCACUUAGCUGGAAGCCAAGGAGUGAUUGUCAUUGCAAUUUGCCAAGCCAUUUUGAUGGUUGGACCCGAAUAUGCAAGAUAUUGUGGCAUAGAGGCAUUGGAGCCUCUGGGAAUAUAUCUGCCGGGGGAUAUAAAUUAUCCAGGUGGUGUGUUGUUUGAUCCCUUGAAUCUGUCCAAGGAUGCUGCAGCCUUUGAGGAACUAAAAGUAAAAGAGAUUAAAAAUGGGCGUUUAGCCAUGGUUGCCUGGCUAGGAUUUUACAGUCAAGCUGCUUUGACGGGUAAGGGACCAGUCCAAAACCUUCUUGACCACAUUGCAGAUCCUUUCCACAAUAACUUUCUUUCCCUGCUCAAUUCUUCAUUUAGUCGUUAAUAACUGGAACCUGGAUAAAGUAUAGUGUCGUCAAAUCUGUAUAGUGUUCAUAAGGGAUGGAUAAUCUGUCAUAGCUGUUUUAGACGUGAGCUAGUUGCUCAGUAAGUUAAUACUUGUGAUGUGGUAUUAUAUCUUUCUAUCUUAUAUCAAGUAUCUUUGAGAACCUUAUGCUUUGAUAAAAUUUGAUUCAAAAACUA